GCGGGCUUUUGACUGGACCGCAGUGAGGACCGUAACUUGAACACCAUCCCCUGCCGACCUCUUAUUAAUUCAGCCACUGUAUCGAGCCACCACUGGAACCUCUACCACCGCAGUACUAGCACAAUGAGACUGAUGACAUUACUUGAACACUCCUCUACUGUGCUUUCGAAGCCUACCAGUACUGCUGUCGAACUCCUCAAGCAGCGCAAGCAGCCCGGGGCUGCGAGACACGUUCCUUGUUGUGACUGCCUUCUUGCUACUGUAGGUCUCUGAAGUCUCACUGCGUGCCUGCGCACUUCUUCCCUCACGUUCAUCCCUCCUUAGCAUGCCGAAGACAUGCCGAAGACAAAUGUUGUUCCCAAGCAAUACACAGCUGCACCACGAAGCCCAAGAGAAAGGAGUUGGGAAGCAGGAGAAACGUCACGCAUUCUGUGACCAGAAACAUUGUCUGAAGUCGGCCACACAAGUCUCUCAUCCGAUAUGUCCUGUUGCAACUCGCCUUCGCUAGAUUUCGUCAGUGCUGCCGGGAUUGCUGAGAGAUUCAGCUUCAUGUGUUUCCAGUCAAGAGGGUGGAAAGGAGAACGCGUGCGGAAGAGAUACUUCCACAUGGACUAUACUGGCCGUACAAUAUUGUUCACGCCGGUCCGGAUUGGUGGCUAGUAAGGUCGCGCUCUCGCGCAACACCAUCGACGAAUGUAGGGCCAAGUAGCUGUACAGAAGUAGAACGACAAUUCCACCACCUAGUACCCUACUGACGACAUUGAAGGUUCACAAAAAGGUAGGGAGGUCAUCGAUGUGAAUGCUUCGGUACUACUCAAGGUAAUGUAGAGCUGUUGCACUACUGCCCUACAACAUGACCCGGCUCAACUUUGCCAGCAUCACUGGCAGUGUACAACAAACACUGCAGCCAGAUCACUCAUCGAAAUCCCCAGUCAUAUAUCUACCUACCUAGGUACCUACCUGGGAACUACUACUAUUACUACCACUGCUGGAGUAUUAAUAAUAUCGCCGACAGCAUCUUGUUUAUCGAUCUUGCUCCUCUUCCACAAUCCCACACUGGAACUGGCGCCGCACACGGACAUCCCCCACUCUGCUCGCCAUCUCGCCCUCCGUCAGACCCAACUCGCUGAUAGGCGGACACAGGCCGAGAGGGCUACCGAGGGCGUUAUGCGAGUCCAAGUGUCACUAUUCGGGACUAAUUCUUUGCCAAAGCCAGUGUCGUCCCAUCUUCCGACGGUCGGAGAUCCAUCCUCUCGCCCUCUGAACGGGGUUGUCAGCUUCAAAGUGGUUUAACUCGAGAAAACUCCAGCUUUGCGAAUUGCGCCCUCUCACCAUCCUCCACACGGCCGACCCGGCUAUCCUGUCAACCCCAACUCUGCUACCACUAACUCUGGGCUAAUAAUGAGAGCCCUGAGAUGCUGAGUCGCUCUUCUCUACUUCCUCUUCUUGUUCCGUCCUCACCGUUUCCUGCCCACCAUCUACGCAAACCUCCGGCUUCAGUGCUCUCCGUCGCAGGUAAGCAUUACCUGCCGAGAGGCGCAACAGCCGUCGCCCCGCCAUCCGAGUCAUCGACCUUCUCGACCAACACCAGCAGCAGCAGCAGCAGCAGCAGCAGCAGCAGCUCUGCCCGUAACAAAUCAACAGCUGCCCCGGCCGCUUUUCUGUCCCUCUUACAGUCGCUGCGCCGCUCUCAGCGCCGAAGUCUCCCUGUCCUCCAGACACGAUCGACCGUUCUACAAGCAAUAACAGGUCACGGUGACGCCAUGGACGAAUACCGCUUUCCGGACAACCGGCUCAAGAAGAAGAUGGAUGAUCCGAGCAAAACACCGCUUCUUCUUGUUGCUUGCGGUUCCUUCUCUCCCAUCACUUUCCUGCAUCUGAGGAUGUUUGUCAUGGCGGCAGAUUAUGUUAAACACAAUACGAAUUUCGAGAUAAUCGGUGGAUAUUUGUCGCCCGUGUCGGACGCUUACAAGAAGCAAGGCUUGGCUCCAGCGGAACACAGGGUUGCAAUGUGCCAACUUGCAAUCGACAAAGCGUCUAACUGGCUCAUGGUUGACAGUUGGGAAGCCGACCAGAAAGAAUAUCAACCCACGGCCAAAGUGCUGGACCACUUUGACCAUGAGAUAAACACGGUGCGGAAGGGAGUUGAUGCCGGAAACGGAACCCGCAAGCCCGUCAAGAUCUCUCUAUUAGCUGGAGCCGACCUGAUCCAGACCAUGUCGACUCCUGGUGUGUGGAGCGAGAAGGAUUUGGAUCAUAUCUUGGGGAAGUACGGAGUGUUCAUCAUCGAAAGGUCCGGCACCGACAUCGACGAAGCUCUGGCUAGCUUACAGAACUAUCGCGACAACAUCUACGUAAUCCAGCAACUGAUUCAAAACGACGUCAGCAGCACGAAGAUAAGGCUGUUCUUGCGAAGAGGAAUGAGUGUUCAAUAUCUUAUUCCCGCCCCUGUUGUGGAGUAUAUUGAGCAGAACCAUCUAUAUCGCGACGACCACCGUUCGUCGAGCAACUCUACCAUCGGCCAUGACCAGCACAACCACAACCACCAUCAUCAGCACAGCCAUCACCACCAUCACACCAACAAUAACAACAACGAGGCAGACCGUAACGGGGGCGAGGGUAAAUCCGAUCAGAGUGACAAGGGUAAAGCCAAAGAAGUCGGUGCAUCAGCCUAAAUGGCAUCGAGCGACUGGAGGAAGAGUCAUAUUGUGCUAUUUUUUCUGCUCUCCCGUCCCCACUCCUCAGGCACCACGUCGGGGCCAGGAAGCCCAUGUAGGCCGAUUUCCCUUGGCUCUUCAGAGGCGCCAGCACCUCUUCCAGAAUUGAAGAGCCAUCAGAGCCAAGGACGACGCCCGCAUCUCCACGCGCCAAGUGCAAGAGGACGUCGAGUAUGCCGUGGCCCGUAUCGCAUUGUACCGAUGUGCGCAGUCACGAGCCUGUUUGAGAAUCGGCGUGCCUUGAGGCGAGCAACAUGAACGUGUCUUGGGUUGAACGCGGGUGUAUACCAAAUUCACUGCUGGUUUGGUGACUGCAAAAACUGCGUCGAGGUAGUGUUUCACUGCCAUAGGAGGUGGCUGAAGAUGCUUGGCCAUCUUUCGGCGAAUAGACGGGCAACACGCCCAAGGGACGGACGGAUCUUACAAAAAGGAGAUGGGCUGUACAUACAUGAGAGCCGAAGCCAGAGAUUAUGGAGAGGAAAAUUGGGCGGCCUGCGUUGUUAUACACAAGGAUUAGGUAGACACCAGCGGCCUCAACAGCCACGGCGGAAUGGUGGAGCAAAGUCGAAGGAUACUAGUACACCUAAAGCCGCAUUACAAUCGUUGGAAACUGUGGCAUUGUAUCAUUAUAUCGUUAUAUCAAUUGAUUCCCACAGAGAACUGAAAGAGACUCGGAUGAUGCAACACUAAAUGUACAAAGAAGGAUGUCAAGAGACAGCCUGGUCAGUCUCUCAUUGCCCGACCAAGGCAUAUUCCCACAGUUGAUUAUUUAGUCAACCAGUCGUUAGCCAGUCAGUCAGUAUAUAGUCCACACACAUACACACACGCAAAUUCUCUCUCUCC